AUGUCGAGGCUAUCAGGGGCGGUCUGCCAUCAACGAGCGCUGCCCGCCAGGCAUCUAACAGUCCGAGCGGCGGCCCCUCGGCUGCCGAGCCCCGCGGCAGCCACCCCGCCAUGCUGCUGGCGCCCAGCCUGGCCUCAGCAUUGUAGGCACGCGGCGCCCCAGCGCAGGAGACAAGCGCCACAGCGACGGGUGGCCACCUGCAGCAGCAGCAGCCUACCACACCUGGCGGGCUACCAGGCGGGCGGCGGCAGCGGCGCCAGCCGCACCACCUACACCAACAGCGGCAGCCCGGAGAGGACGCUCAGCGAUGUGAUACACUGGACGAUAAACCUGCCCUGGCAGAAGGCCUUCUCCUGGUUUGUGGUGGCCGUGAUGGCCAGCCAGCUGCGCGACUUCUUCGGGAUCACCAUGGGGACCUUCAUCGUGUCCUUUGUGGGCAACGGCUUCGACCGCCGCCGCUUCCUGGUCAUCGCCUACUACACCGCCAUCGUCUCCCUCUUCACCCUCUUUGGCGUGCUCAUCAUCCCCGACGUCGUGCGCGAGGGCGCCGACUUUGUGAGCCGGCUGCAGACGGAGAACCUGUGGGUGGUGGUGCUGGAGAAGAUGCGCAAGGGGCUGGGCGAGGGUGUGAUGGACAGCCUUGAGCGCUUCCUGCUCAUCGCCUCCAGCGACGACGUCACCCGCGCCAUCGACUUUGCCACGCUGGACACGAUCGCGGGCAACGCGCGCACGCAGUACCUGGGCAUGGCGCUGCAGAAUGUACUGCGGCAGUACACCAACGCCGCCGCCUCCAUCGUCUCCGACCUCCUCUCAUUCACCACCAAAGCAUUUUGUAAUCUGAGCAACUGGCGCGGCGCGGGGGCGCGUUGCCCCCGGGGGCUGCGCCCGCUGGGUACGACCCCGGAUGCGGCGGCGCCCGCUGUCGGCAUCUCCCUCAUCCUCUCCUUCAUGGUGGUGUGGGACCUACCCACCAUCCAGCGCGGCGUGCAGAGCCUGCGCACCUCACGCGUCGCCCCCAUUUACAACACCGUCGCGCCCAGCCUGGAGAUCUUCGCCACGCUGUUUGGCAAGGCGCUGCAGGCGCAGGCGCGCAUCGCCGCCGUCAACACCAUACUCACCUGCCUGGGCAUGUGGGCGCUGCAGCUGCCGGGCGUGGGCCUGCUGUCGCUCUUUGUCUUUGUCUGCGGCUUCAUCCCCAUUGCCGGAGUCAUCAUCUCCACGGUGCCCAUCGGCUUUGUGGCCCUCACCGAGUAUGGGUUCACAAAGCUGGCGCUGGUGCUGCUGAUGAUCACGGGUGUGCACUUUGUGGAGGCCUACGGCCUCAACCCCGCCAUCUACUCCGCGCACCUCAAGCUGCACCCGCUGCUGGUGCUGGCGGUGCUGGUGGUGGCGGAGCACAGCCUGGGGGUGUGGAGCCUGCUGCUGGCGGUGCCCCUCACAGUCUUCACCCUUGACUACGUGGUGUCCUACCCAGAGUACACGGCCACGCGGGUGGCGGCGGCGGAGCUGGAGAACGUGGUGGCCGCCACAACUUGGGACGUGCACCGCAACAUCCGAGCCAACGACCGCCCCGUCACGCCCGAGCAGCAGGCGGCGCUCGAGGAGUGGCUGGCGGACUGGGGGCAGCGGCGCAGCGGCGGCGGCGGCGGCGGCGCGCGCCGCCGCCAGCUGCGUGCCGCCUACAUCGAGCGCAUCAAGCUGCUGCACCCGGACGUCAGCGCAGCCGGCGGGCAGGACACCACCGCAGAGGCGGCCGCGCUCAACGCCGCGUACGAGCGGCUGAUGGCGGCCUACGGCACCAACUCUCGGGAUGAGGGGGGGAGGGGGGAUGAGGAGGAGGGUGGCGACCCUCUGGAUGUGUUUGACCUGCCAGAGGCGGAGCCAGACCGGCUGUUCGUCAACCCCUUUGCCUGCUACAACAUCAGCCCGCUGCAGUGGGAGGAGCUGCAGCAGGUGGCGAGGGAGGCGGAGGCGGCGGGGCAGGACCCGUGGUACGCGCUGCAGCAGCAGGGGGUGCAGUGCAGCGAGGCCGCCUUCGUCUACCUGUCGCCGCAGCAGCUGGCGCUGGUGUCGGCUGAGCUGGAGCGCGCCUCUGCUGCCCUGGAUGCCACCAGCCAGCAGGCCGCCGCUUUCUUCCUGGCCGACUGCCUGAUGCGUGCCCGGGUGGCCAACAACCGCAUGCCCACCCGCGCCAGCAGGUGGUGA